AUAGCGAGUUUCUUAAAAAAUGAGUAUAACCUGGGAUAAUGUAGUAGGAAAGCAAAAUAUUGUAGCAACAACAACUUAAGUUCGUGUCAGGCAAACGAAAACGAGACGAGAGAAGAUGGCGGGCAACAGUGGAAAAUUUCGCUCUUACGUUUGGGAUCCUUGGUUAAUCAUAUCACAGAUUAUAGCCGUUCAGUUCACAUUUUAUUUCUGCCUAGGAGUUUGGAUGUUCAGUAUUGAUAAGAUGUCUGGAAGAAUAGUAGAUGUUAAUCAAAUUUUUGAUGGGAAGACACAUUCCUUUUCCUCUCUUGAUGGGAGAGUUGUUCUUAUAGUAUUUGGAUUAAAUUCUUUGACAAACUCUGUUGCCCUUUGGUUUAUUGUUCAAAGAGCAAAGCAGUGCCUGGAUUUUGCAUUUACUGCACAUUUCAUUCAUUUUCUCAUCUGUUGGACUGUAAUUGGUUUUCCAAAGAACUGGGUAUGGUGGUUGAUUAAUGUUGUUUGCAUAACACUCACAUCAGUUAUUGGGGAAUAUCUGUGUAUGAGGUAUGAGAUGAAGGCAAUUCCAAUCUCUGUUGGAAGGACUUGAAGCUACUUCUAAAGACAACAGUUUUACUGCAACCUGAAAUCUAAAAAAUUAUUUAUAUUUAUUAUUUAGCAGGCAGCAGUUUGAAGCAAAUUUACUUUGUCAAGCCCAAUCGGUGUUUAGAUACAGAGAAAAUUGUUUUCUGUUGUUGAAAUCCAUGUGCGAAAGUUCCAUUAUUUGUUGUAUAAAUUUUGCAUUCAUCGUUGAUGGCCCUAUAGAGCAUUUUUCAAGUGGAUUACUGGCAAAUUUCAAAAGAACAUUGAUUGCAAUUAGCACGUUCUGAUCGGUUGAGGGUUAUGAAACAAAACCCAUGUUUUCACAUGUUUUGAUUCUCCAAUUAACUUCUAGUCUAGGUUGUUUUUAAGAAAUGUAACAAUUAAUACAGGUCUGCUUCACGUGAAGAAAGCUACGGCCUUGUAUAUCUUCUUAAAGGCUCAAUUUGUUGCCAUGUGACCCUUUGAGGUGGGAGAAAUCUUUUUUGAUGUUUUGUUUCUAAAAAAUUUUGUAAGUUCGUUACGACUGAAAGAGAUGUCACUCAUGUUUACGUAUCAACACUGGAACAGGUUUCUCAGCGCUUCUUGCAUGUCAAGUGUUGAAAAUAUUAUUUUUUGCUUUUGAUGAAGUUAGUUGAUUAUCAAAUAGUUUUCGUUGUUAAGUUUGAAGACUGAUUGUUAAUAGUUGUAGUUUUUAGAUUGAUAGCAAGAAAGUAGAAGUUACUUAUCUUCAUCACAAACGUUUGUUGGAAGUUUUUGCCAUGACCGUUGCCUUUGAAUUUUGGCAGGAAGGCAUAAAUUCUUAUUAAUUAAGGGAAAACUUAAUGAAAAUGUUUCUUAAUCAAAAGGCUGUGCCUUUCAAUAAGGUUUUCGUUCGAAGAAAAGAUCAGCUAGAGGUAGGAUUGUGUCCAUAGCAAGGCGAAAGAUAAUCUGCCAAAAUUAGAAAAUAACAGAAAAGAUAAACUUUUUUUCAAGAAGUUAAGAGGAGUACUUGGUGACAAGACAAAAUUGGCUAUAUUUAUCUUGUUUCCUGUACAGGGCUUGAGAAAUUGGCGUACAGACGUACAGUCGUCUCUGAAGGUAAGGUAAAGUAAACCCAAAGUGCAACUUCGUACGGUAAACCCAAAAGAAGUGGUCACUCCAGACCCCUCCCCAAAAUUUAACCAAGGAUACACCCCCCCCCGCGGUAGUUUCUAUUCAAAAUAAUCUUCUCACACAUUGUUUUUUCUGUGAUGUAGUAAACAAAUCAUUUAAGUGUAAUUAGUGCGUAACUACUAUCAGAUAUUCGAAUUCAUAUGUUAAAAAUAUCAGCAAUGUUUAUCGGAGAUUUAUAUGAAGCGUAGUUUGUGAGCAUUAUCAUUCUGGACUAA